CAACCAAAGCUUCUUCUCCUCCUCCCUUUCGGUCUCGGCUUUCCUCCCGACGCAGGUCAUUCCAUAUUCGGAUCCCGUCCCCGCCUUUAAAAGGACCCCGCCGCCCGCGCAGCUAGAGUAAACCCAGCAGCUGAUCCAUCGUCUGCUCUGUGAGUUGUGGCAUCGAUCCAUGGGUAACCACCAGAAGCUCCUCAACUUCCUCCGGCCGGACCCUGCGGUGGCCGCAUGCUCGCCGAGGUCCUUCUCCUCCUCCUCCGCCUCUGUGUCGGACGAUGACGGGUACAGCUGCUCGUCCUACCCGACGACGGACGGGGACGCCUCGCCGUCGCGCUACGGCGGCUCCUCGACCCCGCCCACGCCCAAGUCGCCGUGGGCGCACCUCCCGGGCCUCGGCGCCGGGGGUGCCGUUGCGGAACCUGGAGCCACGGGCCUCAUCGCGUCGCUGGUCAAGGAGGACGGCCACGUCUACUCGCUGGCGGCGACCGGGGACGUUCUUUACACCGGAACCGACUCCCGGAACGUGCGCGUGUGGCGAGACCAGCGCGAGCUCGCCGGGUUCAGGACCGCCAGCGGCCUCGUCAAGGCCAUCGUCGUCGCGGACGACGGCCGCAUCUUCACCGGCCACCAGGACGGCAAGGUGCGCGUGUGGCGCGCCGACGCGGACAACCCCGCCGUGCACCGCCAGGUGGGCUCGCUCCCGAAGCUCAAGGACUACCUCAAGAGCGCCGUCAACCCCACCAGCUACGUCGAGACGCAGCGCAAGGGGCGCCAGCGCGCGGUGUGGCUUCGGCACUCCGACGCCGUGUCCGCCCUCAGCCUUGACGAGGGCGCCGGGCUGCUCUACUCGGCCUCGUGGGACAGGACCUUCAAGGUGUGGCGCGUGUCGGACUCCAAGUACCUCGAGUCCGUCAGCGCGCACGACGACGCCGUCAACACUGUGGCCGCCGCCGGGUUCGACAGCGUCGUGUUCACCGGGUCGGCCGACGGCACCGUUAAGGUGUGGCGGCGGGAGAUGGCCGCGAAGGGCGACGCCACGAAGCAUGUCCUCGAGAAGGUGCUCAGGAAGGGCGAGAGCGCGGUCACCGCGAUCGCGGUGUCGCCCGAGGACCGCGUCGUGUACGUGGGCUCGUCGGACGGGCUGGUCACCUACUGGUACUGGGUCGACGGCGAGGCAAGAUACGGCGGCGUGCUCAAGGGCCAUAAGAUGGCGGUGAUGUGCCUUGCGGUGGCCGGCAACGUCGUCGUGAGCGGCUCGGCUGACCGGACCCUCUGUGUGUGGCGUCGCGACGGGGCAGAGCACGUCAGUCUUAGCGUGCUGACCGGACACACUGGACCCGUAAAGUGCGUCGCCAUGGACGAGGAGGCGGCCGCCGGUUCGGGCGGGGUUCGGCGGUUCAUGGUGUACAGCGGGAGCCUCGACGGGUCCGUCAAGGUCUGGCGCCUGUCGGACGCACAAGCGCCAGCGCCCGUGACGGAGCGCACCGCAGCACCGUCGCAGGCGUGGAGCGGCCGGCCGGCUCCGGCGACGUACGCGGAGGCGUGGGCGCCGUACCAGGCGACGGCGGAGCCGAAGCGCGUGGCAGCGGCGUGAAGGCGAAGCAAUCGUGCUCGUACGUGCGCGCAUGGAAGGAAACAAUGUGGUGGCCACACGUGUACCCGAGCAGAUCGUACUAGAGAGUGUACAUAUACGUAGAACGAGUACGAGUUGUGCGUGUAUUUUGAGGUGGGAAAUCAGAUUGUGUAGUUGACGGAGAGAAAUGGGCGGUGGGUUGAGAGUGAGAGGUCACGGGCCACUUCAAAUUCGGUGGAUCGAGAGAUCGAGAGUGAGAGGGAAAUAAGCUUGGGUUUCAAGAGAUCGAGAGAUCCAGAAGAUCUGUGCUGCGAAAAGAGAGGGUGGCUUGGGUUUCAGAAGCUUUCAACCAAGCACUCUUGGCGAAACAAGCUUGGCGUGUCCUUCAAGUGCCCUCUUCUUAGUGUACCAGGGUUCUCAAGGCUCGAUAUUUCAGCGAGGGUGGGAUCAUGAAUGCAACUUGCCCGGCUGGAGGAUCGUAUACAUUCUGUAGCAUUUUACAUGGCCGCGAUUUGCUACGAGCAGGACUGGUCUGGCGAAUUGGGGAUGGUACGAAAAUCAAUAUCCAUCAUGAUCAGUGGAUUCCCCGGAGUGGCAGUUUGUCACCACUGGGUGCGGACUUUGUCCCGGGGGUGACUAAAGUGCAGCAUCUUCUUGAUCGGUCUGGUUUCAGGUGGGACGAGCACAAAGUUGAGGUGAUGUUCUCUGAAGAUGAUGUGAAGGACAUUUACAGAUUGCAGUUGGCGGGCCUAGUGUAGAUGACUUUCAGGCAUGGAAUUACAGAAGGAGCGGUCAGUUCACUGUCAGGUCCGCCUAUCGUCUGUGCAUGACGAUGAAAAAGAUCAAGACUGGUAGGGUGGAGUCCUCCUCUUCGGUCUCUAAUCAUAAGAGCUGGCUGGCUCUUUGAGACACACCAGCGUCGAGGAAAGUCAAGAUUCACAUGUGGAGACUUCUUAAGAAUGGCCAAGCUGUUGGACAUGAAUUUCAGAGACUAACGAUUUAAAGCUGGAGUAUUAUGUACAGUAUGUGGACGAGAUGAAACUAUUUAUGACAGGUUUUCGGGCUGCCCUCAUUCAGUUCUAUUCUAGAAAAAGUUGCGCUCGGAAAAGGGAAUUGUGGUGGCGAUCCCACCAUGUCAGCUUCAUUCCCAGGGCGCGCUAGCAAGGUGGCUGUUGGACUGGCUUGUUGAAGCACAAGAGGAGGAGCGGUCGAUGAUGGUUCAAGCGGUUUACGCUCUGUGGUUAG